AAUCAAAGCGACCAGUGAAUAGGAAAUUACGACUUUGAAGAACUUAAAAGAUGAAAUCAUUGCCGAGUUGAUUUGUGAAGAAACAGGCCUUAUUUUUUUUCAUUACCUGAGCAGUUGAACAUGGAAGACCUCAAAAUCUAUGAGGCAGCAGGUUGUAAUGAUGUUGCCUUUGUUAAGGAGGCCCUGGAAGGAAAGUUUGGGGAACAGCUGAAAGAUGACCUUGAACUUGCCCUGCAUAUGGCGGCCACCAAUGGUCAUUUAGACUGUUUAACUCUCUUGUUGGAACAUAAAGUGAGUGUCCAUGCAAGGAAUGGGUCUGAAGAGACAGCACUGAUGCUAGCUGCCCAAGGUGAUCAUGUGACUUUAGUUAGUAAACUGCUGGAACGAGGAGCUAAUGUUCAUGAUCAGAACUGUAUGGGUUAUACAGCUCUUAUGAAAGCGUGUGAGUUUGGCCAUAUCAGAACUGUAGAACUCUUGCUGAAACAUGGUGCUAGUGUAAGUCCGGUAGAGCAUGGAGGAGAUGAACACCAUGGAAUACCAAAUGGACUGCCAAAUGGCUCAGCAAAAAACUUACUACCCAAAUAUAUGCCUCAUGGUUAUACAGCUUUAAUGAUCCUGGUGCUGAAACAACCAGAUAACUUUAAAAAGAUUCUGAAGCUUUUGCUCGAAGCUAAUAUGCCGGUGAAUGAAAUGGAUUUGGAAAAUACAACAGUUUUGUUGCAUGCAGCAACCAAAUGUACUGCUGAUGUUAUUGAGAUGUUACUUGAAGCAGGGGCAGAGGUAAAUACUACAGAUGUGUGGGGUGUUACUCCGGUAAUGAGUGCAGCAGGGUAUAAUAAGACUGAUAAUGUGAAAGUACUUCUCAGGUAUGGAGCUGAUGUCUCCAUUUCAUGUAAAGCAAAGCGGACGGUUCUUUCUGUUGCUGCAAGAACUGGAUCUGAAGAAUUGAUCAACAUAAUUUUAGAGGCAGGGGCUGACCCAGAACACAAAGAUGCACAUGGUCGCACACCAUUGUUCAUUGCAAUAAUGCACUACAACUACGCAGGGAUAAAAUGUCUAAUCAGAGCAGGUUGUGAUUUGACAGUGUCUUGUCGAGACAUGACAACCUUCCAAGUAAUGAGCUACUUCGAGUGUGCACUGUCUCGCAAAAGUGUACAUAUGAUUGAUAUGUUGUUUAAAGCAGGUGCUUGUUCAAAUAAAGAUAUCUUUGAGGUUUCUACUGAUGAAAAAUUUAAAGAGCAGUGUGCUGACAAACCAGAAAUAUUCAUUUUAUUGAACAAGAUGUUAUCUACACCGAAAUGUCUACGCUAUAUUUGUAGAAAGGGUAUACGGGACUGCAUAGUAAAACCACUGCCAAGGAGUGUCUCCUUCCUUAGUCUUCCAAAAUCUUUGAAAGAUUAUCUGCUGUACUCGGAUAUUAUUUUACCAGUAGAAGAAAUUUGAUUUGUUUUAUUGAAAAAGUUUAUGUGCAUUAGAACUAUAAUUACUGAAAAUACUCAGUUAUAGGCCUAUGCUCAGUUAUAGGUCUAUACUCAGUGUUAGGUCUGUACUCGGUCAUAGGUCUAUGCUCAGUUAUAUGUCUGUACUCAGUGUUAGGUCUGUACUCAGUUACAGGUCUAUGCUCCGUUAUAGUUCUGUACUCGGUGUUAGGUCUGUACUCAGUUAUAGGUCUGUACUCAGUUAUAGGUCUAUGCUCAGUUAUAGGUCUGUACUUGGUGUUAGGUCUGUACUCAGUUAUAGGUCUAUACUCGGUAUUAGGUCUGUACUCAGUUAUAGAUCUGUACUCAGUGUUAGGUCUGUACUCAGUUAUAUGUCUAUGCUCAGUUAUAGGUCUGUACUCAGUGUUAGGUCUGUACUCAGUUAUAGGUCUAUACUCAGUGUUAGGUCUGUACUCAGUUAUAGGUCUAUGCUCAGUUAUAGGUCUAUACUCAGUGUUAGGUCUGUACUCCGUUAUUGGUCUAUACUCAGUUACAAAACUAUAUUCUCAGUUACAGGUCUAUUUUUGCUUUAU